AUGUGCAGAAGAAUUACAGUGCAGCUAAAGAUGCUCGUGCAUUCCGAAAUGUUUAUGAAUCGAGAUGGAAUGAGUUUGUGUCAGCUGCAUCUCUGAGAACACUCCAGGAAUCAAAGUGGAAUGCUCCACAGUUGCUUCCCUUUACUAAAGAUGUCCAGACUCUUCAUUUACAUCUAAGUGAGCAACAACAACAUUUUUACAACCAAUUAUCAGCAGAAGUAUCCUCACAAACCUGGAUGAAUCUGACCAAAGUCACCCUGACUCAAGUGAUUCUGUUCAACAGACGCCGAUCCGGGGAAGUAUCAAAAAUGUCCCUUUCCGCAUAUCUGUCUUCGAUUCCGAAUAGUGAUCAGGAUGAUUUGAAAGAAGCUCUAUCUGACCUUGAAAAAAAACUGUGCAAACAUUUUAGAAGAUUAGAAAUAAGAGGGAAAAGGGGCAGAAAGGUACCAGUCCUACUGACUCCAGAAAUGCAGCAGUCAUUGGAUAUGCUUGUCAGCAAACGACAGGAAUGUGGUGUACCUACAGAAAACAUCUACUUAUUUGCAAGACCAUUCGCAAUGAGUUGCUAUCGUGGCUCUGAUUGCCUUCGGCAUUUUGCUAGCACCUGUGGAGCCAAAAGACCAGACACAUUGACAUCAACAAAGCUGCGCAAGCAAACAGCAACUCUGUCUCAGAUUUUGAACCUGAGCAAUACAGAGUUGGAUCAGCUAGCAAAUUUCCUUGGUCACGAUAUAAGAGUUCAUCGCCAGUUUUACAGGCUUCCAGAAGGCACCCUUCAGCUUGCUAAAAUCAGUAAAGUACUCAUGGCACUGGAGCAGGGACGUCUUGUUGACUUUAAAGGAAAAAGCCUGGAUGACAUAACCAUUGACCCUGAAGAGAAUGUGAAGUUGGACAGUGAGGAAGAGGCAGAGUUUGAGUCAGAUCCUAAGGAGGAUCAAGUCACAUCCAUCGGGGAACAUAGACCAGAAAUGGAGGACAGAAAUGCCGAAAUACAGGACAAUAGGACACCUUCACAAACCAGCAAAAGUAGUUCACCUAAAAAGGGUAAAAAUCGCCAGCCAUCUAAGAGGAGAACUUGGGAGAAAGCAGAGAUCCUUGCAGUUGAAAAGCACUUGAUGCCAUUCAUCAACACAUGUCGUGUUCCAGGGAAGACUGAUUGUGAGAUGUGUCUAAAACAGGAACCUGUUGCACUCAGACACCGAAAUUGGCUAGCUAUUAAGUUUUAUGUCAAGAAUCGCAUAACAGCCCUCAAAAACAAAGUUUAGAAGGUUUUAAUUUCAAACUUCUUUUAAGUGCUUUAGUUGCUUAGUCAUGUCAUAGACAUUUCAGUUUGUCUUUGUCUUCCUUUAAAGUACAGGCAAUAGGACAUUUUUUCGUUCUGACAUUGCUUCACAAUAACUUAAAAAAACUGAGGGUACUGAGGGUGAUUUCAAGACUGUUUAUCCCUGUUAGUUUAUUGGUAAAUGGGCAAAUAUACCAACCUGAUGCUGCAUAUGAAACGUAAAGGAACGUUUGCGGAACGGUGGAAUGAACAAUGUAAAUAUGUGUGCAAUUGGCAACAACUCUAGUUUACAUUUGAACCACAGCCAUGAAUAACUUUGCCUGUUCUUGGGUGUUCUUAAGAGAAACAGGCUCCUAAUCUGACAUUAGGACAGAUAGGGAUAUCUUAUUUAAAAGCAGAAGUAAUUUCAGUUUGUAAUUUUUAAGUUAAGUUGUUGGUUUGCAUAGCAUUUACAGGGGGGAAAAAUCCCAUCAAGAGUUCUGUUGAUGGGAACAAUAAAUGUUCAUUAUUCUACACAUUUUAUACAUCAUCACAGAGGACUCAGAGCGGUCUCCACAGGAACAACACUCAGCCUCUGCGGUUGCUACCUCGAUGCAGCUCAAGAAGUCUUGCCUGUAAUUUGACCAAUAGUACAUAUGAUAUAAAGUGACUGCGAGGAGCAGAAACCAGAGCAUUCAAGGAUUUACAGCUUUGAUCAUGAAAACUAAAUCUGCCGCUAUUGGAAAAACCAAGUUGGUUAGUUCAAAAAUGAGCAUAUAUGAUUUACAAGGCUUUGCAAUGCCUUUAAAUACUGAGCCAUACUCGUGAGGCACAUGGCUAACCUUCAACUAUUAUUUCUCACUUUUCGAGAAACUUGAGUAACACCAGUUGAACAAUAAACGUUCAGGUUCUGUAGAGAAAGAGAUAUUUCCUCUGUUUAAUUAGGACAUCCUUAUUUGAGCUCACUGAGUCACAGACACUGAUGCAAGGCUCGCUGAUUUUGUUACUUCUUUGGUGACCCUGACCUUGGGGCAAAGUUGUUUAAUUUAAAUGAGAUAUAAAUGUUUAAGGGCUUCAGGUGCUUUGCCUUGUUUAUUCCCACGUGUGGGUGAAGUUCUUAUGCCUGUUAAGUUUAUUAGUAAAUGGAAAAAAAAUAACCAACCUGAUGCUGCAUUUGAAACAUAAAGGAAUGUUUAGCGGAAUGGAGGAAUAAACAAUGU